ACAUUAGAGGAGAUCAAAUGGCUGCCUUUGCCUUCAUGACCGCAUUUUUCGUGGUAUCCUCCACUUUGACACAUACCGUUUUUUCAGAAAUGUUCAAACCACACGACAUGUCUAAAUGGCCUAAGCCCCCAUGUAAAAUGUACUACCCAGUGGAUCCUCUUUAUGAAUCACCCUGUCCUGAUGUAACUUCGUAUGUUUGUGCUACAAAUGGCCACACUUACCAGAAUGAGUGUUUCCUUUGUAUUGAUCGGUGGGAAUUUGGCCCUCACAUUAAAUUUGAUAAGUAUGGAAAAUGUGAUUAAUGGGUAACAGAGUA